GCAUAGGUCGCUCUGCUCCUUCAUUCUCUUCUCUCUGCUUUCGUGUUCCUUCUUCCCUGGGUUUUUGGGAGCUUCAACUCUUUGGUUAUGGCUUCAACGGACAUCAGAGACAUUCUCACAGCUUUCAGUCCUUCUUUGGACUACUUCGCCAUCAGCACCGGCGAUGGCCGCGUUAAGAUAUGGGAUACAUUGAAGGGUCAGGUACAGACUGAGUUUGCAGAUAUGACAUCAAAUGACACAAGAAGUAUAUAUGAUAGAUCCACGAAUGGACAUCUCUCAAUAGACUAUACGUGCAUGAAGUGGUUGUCGUUGGAAAGAAAGAAAAAAAGAAAGCAUGCAUCCUCAUUGUUAGUGCUUGGGACUGGUGGUGGUGAUGUUUUAGCAUUUGAUGUGUCUGCUGGUCAAUUGAAUUGGAGAAUUAGCAACUGUCAUCCAGGAGGUGUGAGAGCCAUUUCAUCGUCAGCAAAUGGAUCAUGUAUCUAUACUGCAGGGGCAGAUGGGAUGAUAUGUAGAAUUGAUUCCGUCACAGGAAACCUGUUGGAGAAAUUUAAAGCUUCUACAAAGGCUGUAUCCUGUAUGACUAUUUCUUCAGAUGGGAAGACUUUAGCUACGGCAGCAUCACAAUUGAAGAUCUUUAACAGAUAUAUAUAUAUAUAUAUAUAGGUGGGUUGAUACGGAUCUGUUAGAUGCUUGGUCUUCACUGAAGAUGGCAAGUAUAUCCUUUCAUCUGCCGUUGGUGAAAGAUAUGUUGCUCUGUGGAGGAUAGAUGGCGCCAGAAAGCAGUCGGUUAGUUGUGUUCUUGCAAUGGACCAUCCUGCUGUCUUUCUUGAUAGCAGGUGCAUUGAUAGCGGGGAACAUGAUGAGAAUGGCAUAUGUGUUUUGGCCAUCUCAGAAGUUGGUGUUUGUUAUUUCUGGUUUGGAAAUAGUAUUGAAGAACUACGUAAUGCCAAACCCACAAAAAUAUCAUUAUCUUCGGAAGAUAUAUUCUCAAGAAAAUACAAGGGUGCAUUGCCAACAAUAUAUGCUGCAAAGUUACAAGGCAUACAGAAGCCUGCAUCUGGGCAUGUUUUUCUUGUUUCUGGGUUGCUUGUAAAACCAUCAUUUCAAAAACUUCUAGUGCAUUCUGGUACAGAUGUACAGUUGAAUGUCUCCCAUGAUGGUAUUCUUCUUCCAAUGAGUCAAUCUCUUGUUAAAUCUAAGAAGCGGUCAGAUGAACGAAGAGUAACUGCACUAGACCGUGCUAAUGCAGAAGAUGCCUUGCUUCCGAUUCCUAAGGUUUUUUAUUCUUCUGAGAAAGAGAGAGCAUUCCAAGACUCUUCAGACAGAAAUGCAACAGAUGGUUUGUUUAGAAUUAAUAAAGCUGAUUCUAUCAAGAAACAAGAUGAAAUGAUCCAAGAUGAGAUCAAAGCAGUUUGUAUGGAGGACCAGCUGAGAUCACUAGGGAUACUUAAAAGUGAAAAAGAGUGUUCAUCAAACCUUGAAAAAUACUAUCCAUUAUUGAAGGGUAUUAAUCUUGAAGCUGCUACUCCAACGAAAAAGAUUAGAGCAACUGUUUUGUCAAUGGAGCCAAGUGAAGCAGUCAAGCUACUUGAACCGUUACUGGCUGCUUGGCAGUCAAGGUCAUCUAGCGGAAAGUAUGUUCUUCCCUGGAUAUAUAACAUAUUAGUAAAUCAUGGUCACAAUUUCACCACUGAAGAAUUUGCAACAUGUAUGCUUGAUUCCUUGUAUAAGAUUACCAAUUCUAGAGGGCCUACGUUUCAGUCUUUAUUACAACUAUCAGGUCGCCUGCAACUAAUGACGUCACAGAUUGACAAGGCAUCUCAGACCGUAAGUCAUCCAGUACAUGAUCUCCAAAUCGAUGAAAGUGGAGACGAGGAUGAAGAGGAUGAAUAUUUUCAUGAUGAAGGAGAUGAUGACUCUGAAAUAAGCAGUGAUGAUGAAAGCUAGUCUUUCUUUCAAUGAGAGAUUAGGAGUUACCAGCCUCUCUGCAGCGGAAAGAGGUUUAAAGGCAUAACAUGCUGGCUGGACCUGAGCCAACUUUUCCAUGCACGACUUGUGGCCAUAUAGAUAGUUGCUUUCUUGGAGAAAGAAAUUUUGUUAGCAUCUAGAUUUGUUAAAAAUGGUACCGUCUCCAUUAUGUACUGACAUUUUCACUGAUAAGUUAAAAUACAAGAUAGCCAAGGAAAAUCGUAUCUUAUAGGAUUUUUGUCCUCGAGAGUAAUAUCUUUGUAUUCUUCAUACAUUUUUUGCAUACCCAUAUUGUACUGCUAUAAAAUUU